UUCUGCAAUUCUAUGAACCUUCUCAAACCUCUAUCUCAGUCUUUCUUUCUUUCCACUUUUUCUUCCCUUCGUCUUCGUUUCUUUCUGAACCAGAAUUCAAAGCUUCCAAUGCUAUGAGUGAUUCACUUUCCUUCCAAUUUUAUUGAACACACUCUCUAUCUUAUAUAACCAUUUCUUUCUGCUUCCUCUCUUCUCACAUAUUUCGAAAGCUGAAUUUUGGAUCCUUUUGCGUAGAAUAAUGUCGUGUUUGACAGCGCGUACAGGACGACAACGACAGCGUUACGAAGACAACAUGCGCCUCGUCUCCGGAUGUAUUCCCUAUAGAUGGAAAAAGGGAAAAGUAGAUAAAAAUGAAGAUACUAAGGAGAUGAUAGAAGUACUUAUGGUUUCUUCACCAAAACGUGAUGACCUUGUGUUUCCAAAGGGAGGAUGGGAGGAUGAUGAAACUGUUACAGAAGCUGCUUGUCGUGAAGCCCUAGAGGAAGCAGGAGUUAAAGGGAUUGUAAGAGAAAUUCCCUUGGGAAGAUGGGAGUUCAGAAGCAAAAGCAGCAUGGAUUCAUGCAGCCAAAAAGGAUGGUGCAGAGGGUACAUGUUUUCCUUAGAGGUCACUCAAGAACUUGAGGCUUGGGCAGAGCAAAAAGACCAUAAUCGCCAAUGGGUGAACAUAGAAGAAGCAUUCAGACUGAGCCGAUAUGAGUGGAUGAGCAAGGCAUUGGAAGUGUUUUUAAUUGUUAUGGCAGAAGACAGAAAGCUAAAGAAUGAGGAAAACAAUGUCGAUUCCUCUUCAAUGUCAGUGCUAGAUGUGUCAACAAAAUGCUAUAAAAGAACCACUUCCACACAACAUCAUAGUAUAUCAUCAAGAACCAAUAUCCUGUCCCAUUCUUCCCAGGAGAUAGCUAUUCACUUAGGUUAUUGACACUCUAUGUUUGUGCAGUGUGUCUCAUAUGUGAUGCAGUAAUAUGUUGGAUCUUUUGAGACAAAAUGAAUAGAUUUAUGAGUCUUUAUCUUUA